CCAUGGGUUUUAUAGCAGCCGUCUCUCUCCAUAUCGCCGUAGUUGCUCCUGCUUGUACAGAUAGAUAGACACUUCUGUCUUCUGUCAGUUAGUGCCGCGCCGCGGUCACGAAACCAACAAUUUUAAUUAAAUUAUCACAAUAAAUGUAUGGAGUUUUACAAGUUAUUGUUUAUUAUUGAAUUAUUAUUCGAUGUACAUACAUAAUAAUUAUUGCUAGUAUUACCGCGAAGAAUAGUUGACCAAUGCCAUGGGCACUUCACGAACUGUUUCUCGUGUAUUUUCAAGGUCGUUUAUAAUCAUAACAAUGUGAAUUUUGCCAGAGUGCACUGUGAUUCUUUGUGAUUAAAAUUCCAUAUCGUGAAUUAUUAAUAAUAAAUAGAUUAUUUUAUUAUUUUUUAAUUUUAAAUUUAAAUCUUAUUACCAACUAAACCAUGAAUGGAUUACUGAAGAUUUUGUGUUUAUUUAUCCGAUAAGUUCAUGCUAAGCUUUAUUUUUUUACUGACCUGGCUUUUUGGAUAUUAUCCUGUUACAAAAAGACCUACAACAAGUAUCAUCAACUGUGACUAUGAGAUUCGAGUAGCCCUCGUGAAAGUAAUCGGCAUUUAAAACGUCUGUCGUAAUGAAUAACCUGCGGCUGUUUUAUCUUUUUUACCUUUUCAUUCUCUAUCUUAACGAUGGAGAAGCUAUAGACAUAUCACAAUGCAUUGCCCCUUUGGGAAUGGAAGCAGGAAUCAUUCCAGACGCCGACAUCACAGCAAGCUCGAGCUUUGACAGUAGCAACGUCGGACCACAAUUUGCACGAUUGAAACAAGAACGACAUGGCGGUGCUUGGUGUCCAAAACAACAGGUCACAACAGAGCCGCAUGAAUGGCUAGAAAUAGAUUUGCACACCAUGCACGUUAUUACUGCUACUGCAACUCAGGGACGCUUUGGAAAUGGAGUUGGAGUUGAAUUUGCAGAAGGAUAUAUCCUUGAAUACUGGAGACCAAAGCUCGGCAAAUGGGUCCGAUAUAAAGAUGUUCGCGGUGAAGAAGUAAUAAAAGGCAAUACAAAUACAUAUCUAGAAUCGAAACACGAGCUCGAACCAGCAAUUUGGGCGACGAAAAUUCGAUUCCUCCCGUACAGUUAUCAUUAUCGUACCGUCUGUAUGCGCGUCGAAUUGUAUGGAUGCCCAUGGAAUGAUGGUAUUGUAUCAUACUCGAUGCCACAGGGCGAUAAACGGGGCAAUUGGGAAUUCUUCGAUGCUACCUAUGAUGGAUUUUGGGAUGAUGAAUUGCAACGAGGCUUAGGACAACUUACGGACGGUCGUACCGGACCAGAUGACUUCAAAAUGGGAUACUAUGGUGAUGAUCGAAGUCAAGGAUGGGUCGGAUGGAGAAAUGACACAAGAGCUGGACACCCACUCGAUAUUAAAUUUGAAUUUGAUCGUGUCAGAGAGUUUUCAGCUGUUCAUAUCUUUUGCAAUAAUCAAUUCACUAAAGAUGUACAGGUUUUUUCCGAAGUAAAUAUAUCAUUCAGCAUUGGUGGAAAAUGGUAUAUAAGUGAUCCAAUAAUUUAUGCGUACAUAGAAGAUAAAAUAUUUGAAACUCCACGAAAUGUGUCAAUAAAACUUCACCAUCGCAUUGGUAGAUUCAUAAAAUUACGAUUUACUUUAGCGGCCAAGUGGCUUAUGAUAAGUGAGAUCACUUUUGAUUCUGACAUAGCCCAUGGGAAUUUUACGCCAGAAUCUCCCCCCUCGACCGAGUCACCACGUACAAAGAACCAAAGUACCUCAAAAGAUAUUCCACUGCAAGCGGAAAUUCCUAUCUCAACGGCUAAACAGGACGAUCCAACGUAUAUGGCUGUUAUAAUCGGUGUACUGACAGCUGUAAUACUUUUAUUAGCUGUUGCAAUAUUUUUCAUCGUAUCGCAUCAUCGGCAAAGGAAGAACUUUGCCAGUUCUCUUGAUGCUAAAGAAUCAAUACCUUCUGGUAAUCAUCAACAUUUAUCACCAGAAUCAGCUUACGGUACAACUGGAGAAAAAGAUUCGUCAUUAAUGACGUACAGAGUUGAAGAUUUUGAUGAUCGUUAUGCUGGUGCUAAAUUAACAACGUUACCGCGUGAUUUAAAUGAUCGUUUACUCGGUGAUGUUAGAUUAGAUGAAUACCAGGAACCGUUUCAUGAAAAUAAAUAUCGAGAACCAUCGCAAGCUACUUAUUAUGGUUAUAGUACCGUUGUUAUUGACAAUAAGGAUUUGCAUGAUAAUAUUGAAUGCUCAGAUCCCACAUAUGAUUAUGCGGUUCCAAUACCAGUACCUAGUACCAGUAGCGAGCAUGAAAGUGUCUUUUCGAAAACAUCGUCGAGAGGUAGCGCUAAGGCAUGUUUGCAGAGUUUUUUUCCACCGCCACCGCCACCGAUAAGCGUCCCACCAAGUCGGGGAUCUAACAACGUAGUCUAUUCAAGUUCUCCAAGCCCUCAACUAAUCUCUGAGCGUGAACGGAGAGGAAGCAAACGUCGGGAGCACACGCACAAUAGAUACGCAUUAAACGAUAAUAAGGUAGACUUUAUGUCAACGAUGAAAAUCUCACGCUUCUGUGACGUUGUCUCAUUAAUUAUUCAGCGAUUUUUCAUGUGUCUUUUUUGUAUUGCCUCAACAGCACGCAGUAUAGAUCUUUCACAAUGUAUAAAUCCAUUAGGAAUGGAAUCCGGGGCAAUCUCAGAUGCAGACAUUACUGCAAGUUCUAGUUUCGAUAGUGGAAAUGUGGGACCCCGUCAAUCAAGACUCAGGACCGAAAAUCAUGGAGGAGCCUGGUGUCCUAAAGACGAAAUUACCAGUGAGCCUCGUGAAUGGCUUGAAAUCGAUUUGCAUUCUGUACAUGUGAUCACUGGUACAAAUACUCAAGGCCGUUUUGGAAAUGGAUUGGGAGUUGAGUACGCAGAGGGUUAUUUGUUAGAAUAUUGGCGCCCGCGGCUCGGUAAAUGGGUACGGUACAGAGACAUCAAAGGAAAGGAGAUCCUUAAAGGAAAUACAAAUACCUAUUUAGAGAACAAGCAUGAAUUAGAUCCACCAUUGUGGGCAAGUAAAAUAAGAUUUUUCCCCUACAGUAAUCAUCGGCGAACUGUUUGUAUGCGAGUUGAGUUAUACGGGUGUCUUUGGACGGAUGGUAUAGUGGCUUACUCGAUGCCCCAAGGCGACACGAGAGGAAAUGAAUGGGAGUUCUUUGAUGCAAGUUACGAUGGCCACUGGGAUGGGGAAUUACGUCGUGGUUUAGGACAAUUAGUUGAUAGCAAAAUUGGACCGGAUAAUUUUAAAAUGGGAUACUAUGAUUCUGCUCGUAGUCAAGGAUGGGUCGCUUGGAGAAACGAUACUCGUGCCAAUGAACCUAUCGAAAUAAAAUUUGAAUUCGAUACUGUACGAGAAUUUGCUGCGGUUCAUCUUUACUGUAAUAAUCAAUUCAGUAGAGAUGUACAAGUAUUUUCGCAAGUAGAUGUGUUAUUCAGUAUUGGAGGAACUUAUUUCAGUGGUGAACCGAUUGUUUAUACAUACAUGGAGGAUAAAAUAUUCGAAACUUCACGUAAUAUUACAAUUAAACUUCACCACCGUGUUGGAAAAUUCAUAAUAUUACGUCUCCACUUUUCAUCAAAAUGGAUUAUGCUUAGCGAAGUUAUAUUUGAUUCUGAUAUAGCUCACGGUAAUUUUACACCAGAAGAAUUUGUGACAACAGAUUUAUCAUCACUGCCAGACGAGUUUUUCAUAAACAAUAAAAAUGCAGUAUCAGACAGUGAACUUCCAGUAUUAACAGCCCAGCAUGAUGAUCCUACAUAUAUGGCAGUGGUAAUUGGUGUUCUUACAGCAAUAAUUUUAUUAUUAGCUGUAGCGAUAUUUUUUAUCGUAUCACGGCAUAGACAGCGUAAAUGUUUUGCAAGUCCUGUAGCAGUAAAAGUUCCCUCGCAUCUUGGGUCAACGUGUGCGACUGUUGAAAAAGGAGCCGCACUAAUGGCUUACACAUUAGAAGAAGACGAAGGACGAUACGCUGGUGGUGGCACAACUUCAACAUUACCGCGUGAACUUGACAAUCGACUUUUAGACCUCGUUAAAUUAGAUGAGUACCAAGAGCCUUAUCAAGCUCUUAAAUAUGCUCCGUACUACAGCUACAGCACUAUUAUUAUGGAAAUGAAGGAUAUGAUGUUGAACAAUAUGGGCACUGGUAUCAAUUACGCUGCCGUUCCAGAGGUCGUAACGGUCCCUCUUCUCAAUCCCGAGGGCACCUUUUCAACACAUGAAAUUCCAUCUAGUUCUGUUUCUAGUGUAAGUGCCAGCGACGAUCAAGACAGUAUUUUUUCUAAAACAUCCUCGCGUAACAGUCGUAUUGAUGAUAAAAAGUCACCAACACAGCAAGAAGUUCUUGUAGCGCUGAAAAAACGACUGGAACAGUCAACAGUACCAUUAUUCCCACGGCACCGGCUACGAAUGCUAUCUAAACUUGCCGAGGGAGCAUUUGGAUCGGUCUAUGUAGCUGAAGCUGAAGGGAUUCCAGAGUAUGGUACUAAUUCUAAUACACUUGGCAAAAGACUUGUCGCUGUAAAAUUUUUACUGCCUGACGCCAGUGAAAAAGAAAAACUCGACUUUCAACGUGAUGUAAGAAUUUUAGCGGCAUUAGAAGAUGUCAACAUAGCUCGAGUUUUAGGAGUAUGUUGUCGCGAAGAACCUUAUUGUGUCGUAAUGGAAUAUUUAGAACACGGUGAUCUUUGUCAAUUUUUAAAGACUCAUAUUACUGUCGAAGAUGCACAUUCAAUGCCACAUGGUGUGAAAACCCUUAGCUUUAACUGUCUUAUUUAUAUGGCUGCCCAAAUCGCAUCAGGGAUGCGAUAUUUAGAAAAUUUAAAUUUUGUUCAUCGUGAUUUAGCUACUAGGAAUUGUUUAGUUGGUAAGGCGUAUCUUAUUAAAAUUUCUGAUUUUGGGACAGACAAUGAAUUAUAUGCUGGUGAUUAUUACCAAGUUAGUGAUGGUGCAUUAUUACCAGUACGUUGGAUGGCCUGGGAAUGUGUUUUCUUGAGGAAAUAUACAACCAAAAGCGACGUUUGGGCCUUUGCGGUAACGCUUUGGGAAAUUCUAAAUCUUGGUCGACAUGUGCCGUAUGAAGAUUUAACAGACGAAGAAGUUGUUGAAAAUCUUGAACAAUUGCAUACCGAAAAUGAUAAUUGUAAUAGUGGUAGAAAUGAAAAUGAUCCAAAAGUACGUGUGCUAUUCGAAUAUUUACCAAAACCGAAAACAUCUAGUAAAGAUAUUUAUGAUUUGAUGUUGGAAUGCUGGAGACGAGAUGAAAAUAGUCGUCCAACUUUCCGUGAAAUAUCACUAUUUCUUCAGAGGAAAAAUCUUGGCUAUGCACCAACUUGUUAAUAAUAUUUUUUUAAAAUAUGUUCGAUAUUUAUGAAUUGAACGAUCACAAGGAUGCAUGAUUAGAACUGUACCAUAAUUAUAACAAUUAUUUUUAAGGAUUAAAAUAAUAAUAGUCAUAAAAAGUACUUAUUAAACAUGCACUCAACGCAUUUAAACGAAGCAAAUAAUUGAAAAAUAGUGAAUUAAAAAGAGAAUACAUAAAGUGGCGACAAAAAAUUCACUAUUUUUUUCGAAUCAUAUAUGAAGAUAUGAUACUUUUUAAUGUUUCAAGGGCCGUUUUCAAAAAUUAGUCCGAUAGAAAAAUUUUUGGGAGUCACUCAAGAUUUUUUUUUUAUUUUUUUAAAUCUCGAAGAAUUUUUUUUUCUUAAAGUUGACAUACUAGAAAAUAAAGAGAAUUAAUUUUUUAUGAUUUUGAAAUUUUCAAAAAAUCUUGAACAAUCCCAAAGAAUUUUUGGAUUUGACUGAUUUUUGCGGAGGACUCCUAAAAUAUGAUAAAUUAACAUACUUUUACAGACUUGAAAAAAAGUAGUUAGUUUUUCCACGACACUAAUAUAAAUAUCCAUGGGUCAUUCUACCAACAAAUUGUUAUUAAGCGUAACUCACCGUUUUUAAUUUUAUGGAGGUAUUUUUUGCAAAAAAAAAAAAAAAAAUGUUUAGUUUUAUUUAACUUCUUAAUGUUCGAUCAUACUUUUGCAAAGAUUCAAUAAAAUUCUUGUAUUUUGAUUAUUUAUUUAUUUAUUUUGAAACGAAAAUUACUUUGAUAAAAAAUAGAAACGUCACAAAAGAUGAUUGGAGUUUAGAUUUGAACAACUUUUUUUUGAUCGAAUGACCCAUGUAAAUUUUUGCAAAUGCGUAAAAUUGUUGCGCAGAUUAGUAUGUAAUUUUUUUUCAAACUGACAUUCGUAAUAAGUAAACUAAGAAAUUUUAUGACAUAAGCUUCGGGAAAUUAAAUGAUCGAUAGAGAUGAUCGAGUUACAUAUCUUGUUUAUAAAUAUUUUUUUUUUAAUUGAAAACUAAUACAUAAAAUAUAUAUAAAGAACGUGAAGAAAUAGCUCUGAUGAAAAUAUAUCGUUAUUAUAGUGUUAAUUUAUAUGAAAAAUUGCAAUAAAGUUAUUGUAUUGUGAUUUUAAAGACCGCAAUAGCCGUAAAUAAUGUAAACUAUAAAAACAAAAAUAUUUCUCAAUGUUAAAUUUUCAAAACUGUUUUGAAUGGAAAAAUUUGAUUUCUUCAUGUCACUAUGAUCAGAAAAUCAUGAGUGUUUACGUUAAUGUUAUCAUCAAUAACAUAACUAUGAAUUUGUAUAUAUUAGAUGGGAUCAACUAUAAAAGUACCUUUCAUAAAUUAUUAUAAUUCAGAUUAUACUAAAAUAUAUCACAAAACAACGAAAAGUUAAAGAUGAUUAUUUACAAAAAUUAUUCAUAUUGCAAUUAAAUUAUUAAAUUUUAACGAUAUUGUUAUUUUGCUUGAAAUAACUUUUAAUUUAAUAAAAUCAUUUUAUAAACCGUGUCGUUAAUUUAACUCGAAUUUAUUUAGGUAAAUUUCGGAGAAGUCUAAUUUUUUCGUUGUUUUAUGGCUUUAGUAGAUGUGUUUAUAUCUUUUUAAACUAUUUGAGAAAGUAAUAUUAAUAUAUUACAGUGGCUGUAAAAAGUAAUUUUUCUAUACUUAAUUCUUAUCAAGUAACUCUUAAGUACUAAAAAAAAUCCUCUCAGAAAAACAGUUCGAUCUCUUAAUUCUACGAGAGGCUCAUUGAGAUUUCGUUUUCCCAUUUAGAUAACACGUAAAAAAUUCUUUUUCUCUGAACAGAGCUACUUAAUUUUUUUUUUAAUUCUUAAAAACAUGUUUUUGACGGAAGCCUAAUAUGUUUUUCUUUUUAAUUUAAAUCGAUUUGAUUUUGUAACUUGUAUCUUCUUAUUACUUAUGCUGUGAUUAGUUCGUCGAGUUGAAUAAUGACCGCACAUACUUUUUUUUUCUCAAUGAAGAAAUCUACCUUCCACUAGUGUGAUUUUACUUUUUAGAUAUUUUUCCUUCAAUUGUUACACAAGACUAAUAAUAAGUUAACUUAUUUCUGUAAAUUUUGAGUUAACUUUAAUUAAUUUCUAUCUUUCUCUCAGUUCUAUAGCUUCUUUAUGGAUGACUCUAUUUUCCAUUUAAUAAUUCAACAUUUUAUGGUUGAAACAUUAUCAUGUAAACGUAUAGUAGGCUGUAAGGUAGUUGAUAAGAACGUUGUAAAAAUCGUGUUUUAAAGGAAAAUAUAUACAUAUUGAUAUUUAUCGUAGCACUCAA